AUGGCUGGAAAUGGGAUGCCUACAUUGGGUCGUGUCAAGGUUUGUGAUCUAGUUCCCAAUGAAGGUCUACCUUCUGAUUCUUACAAGUUAGCAGUGACUACUUUAUCUCAAUCUCUGGCACAGUACUCUGCAGCCAUCAUUCAGUUUCCCGCUAACGAUGGAGCUCUCCUUAGAUCCGGUAUUGAUUCUGCUCGGCUCUAUUUUCACCAGAGGGAUUCAUAUCCAGCCACUAAUAGUAUGAUCCACACAAACGAUUCGCGAGAAUGGUGCAAGACCUCUGGCUACUAUGCAGAUCCUCAGUCGUGGCAAGAGUGUUACGAGUAUAGACCUGGUUUGACCCUCACUGAGCCAACCAAUUCGAUGGAGUACCCUCCUGCUGGUUUGCCCGAUAUCUUUACGUUACUAGGAAAAGCUGCUCGGGUUGUUCUUGAUGCAAUUGGUUUCUAUUUAAAUUUGAGAAGCUGUCCGUUUACUGAGAUUCUUGAUAAUGUCCCUUUGAGGAAUAGUGAGGUUUCGUCUUCUGUGUUAUCUGUUUGCUGUUAUGCAAGGCCGUCUUUUCAUGGAGCUCAGCAUCAUAACUUAACAGAAGAGGAGCAGCUCAUCAUGUAUUCAGAUCAUGAUCACCAACUUGACAAGAGUCUGAUCUCAUUUGUUAAGUCAGAUAAGGCAGGGUUGCACAUCAGGGACAUGCACGGGCAAUGGAUUUUAGUUGAUGUGGAUCUUGGUCCUCAAGAGGCGGUUGUGUACCCGGGGCUAGCUCUUUACCAGGCUACAGCAGGGUAUGUGAGUCCUGCAGUGCACAGAACCGAUUUAAACACUAUGCAAGGAAGUAUAGAAGGGAGGUUCUCCUUGGCCUUUAAACUCAUGCCUAAAUCGAUGACCAAUCUGAGUUGCUCAGAGAUGAGAGCUGCAGGUCAUGGUGUUGAAGCUCAGUUUCAGCUCCCGGUUUCGGUCGAUGACUUCAUGCAGAGAUCUCACUCGAAUGAUGAACUCUUUAACAGACAGACUUUGCAAAGCUUCACCAUCCCUCAAACCCAGGAUGGAUCAAUAAAACAGCUGAAAAAGCAGAGAAAGAGUGAUUCCAGAUGCAAACCGCUACCACCAUCUAAGCGGCUGAGAUUAGAAGCGCAGAGAGUUCUCAAGGAAAGAGUUCAGGAGAUUGCGGAUAAAAAAGGAAUCAAACUUAGAUUCUGCAACCUCAAGGAGUGUGAGAAUAACCACAACGUAAUGAACAGCCCUUGUGCGAGUAUAAGAAGAGAGAUUGGGUGGCCGCAUGGAGUUCCAUUUGUUCAUCCUCAUGACCUCCCGAACAAAGCUAAAAUCGGAUUCCUUGAGACAUAUGAGCCAGGAUGGUCUGAAACACAUGACAUGGAACUCAGUCUCUCUGAAACCGCGCAGGGAAACCAGCAAGUCAGAGAUGGGAAGAUGAGAGUUCCAGUUUCGGUUUCAGCGUCAGUGGUUGCACAUGUUGUGUAUGAGCGCAAAAGACGAUAG